CAUAUUCGGUGAAGUCGGUAGCCCUAAUUAGGCAAUCGAACGGCGAUAAUAAACCUAGUCUGCUCUACAAAAACGUAUUGUGCCUUCAAUACUCUCUUACAUCUGCAAGUUAAUAGCAGUAUAACUCUCUCUCCCUGUAAAAGCAAUCGCAGUAUUACUCUCUCUCGUAGCAGAUCUAAUCUAAAGUAAGACAUGGCCACGACGAUCAAGAGCGUUAAGGCGCGACAGAUUUUCGACAGCAGAGGCAAUCCCACUGUCGAGGUGGAUGUGUAUACAUCAGAUGGCAACUAUGCGAGAGCUGCUGUUCCAAGUGGUGCAUCCACUGGAGUGUAUGAAGCUCUUGAAUUAAGAGAUGGAGGGUCAGAUUACCUUGGAAAAGGUGUUUCAAAGGCUGUUGAGAAUGUCAACUCAAUUAUUGGCCCUUCUCUCAUUGGAAAGGACCCGACCCAACAGACUAGUAUCGAUAACUUCAUGGUUCAGCAACUUGAUGGAACUGUAAAUGAGUGGGGCUGGUGCAAGCAAAAGCUUGGAGCGAAUGCCAUACUGGCAGUGUCUCUUGCGGUUUGUAAAGCUGGCGCUAGUGUCCAAAAAAUCCCCCUUUACAAGCAUAUUGCCAACCUGGCCGGUAACAAGAAGUUGGUUCUACCAGUUCCCGCUUUCAAUGUCAUAAAUGGUGGAUCACAUGCAGGAAAUAAACUUGCUAUGCAGGAGUUCAUGAUUCUUCCUGUUGGAGCUUCCAAUUUCAAAGAGGCCAUGAAGAUGGGGGUGGAAGUAUAUCACCAUUUGAAGGCUGUGAUUAAGAAGAAAUAUGGUCAGGAUGCGACAAAUGUUGGUGAUGAGGGUGGCUUUGCUCCUAACAUUCAGGAGAACAAGGAAGGUCUUGAAUUGCUAAAGACAGCCAUAGCUAAAGCUGGUUACACAGACAAGGUGGUUAUUGGAAUGGAUGUUGCUGCUUCUGAAUUUUAUGGAGCAGACAAGACUUACGAUCUGAACUUCAAAGAAGAGAAGAAUGAUGGCUCACAAAAGAUCUCAGGAGAUCAGCUCAAAGAUCUCUACAAGUCAUUUGUGUCUGAGUACCCUAUUGUAUCAAUUGAGGAUCCAUUUGACCAAGAUGACUGGGAGCACUACACCAAGCUAACAAGUGAAAUUGGUGAAAAAGUACAGAUUGUGGGAGAUGAUCUCUUGGUCACCAAUCCCAAGAGGGUCGAGAAGGCAAUAAAGGAGAAAGCUUGCAAUGCACUUCUUCUGAAGGUUAAUCAAAUUGGUUCUGUAACUGAGAGCAUUGAAGCUGUAAGAAUGUCCAAGAAAGCUGGUUGGGGUGUAAUGGCCAGUCAUCGCAGUGGAGAGACAGAGGAUACUUUCAUUGCUGACCUCUCCGUGGGUUUGGCUACGGGCCAAAUUAAGACUGGAGCUCCAUGCAGAUCAGAGCGUCUUGCAAAGUACAAUCAGCUCUUGCGAAUUGAAGAGGAACUGGGCUCGGCAGCAGUUUAUGCAGGAACAAGGUUCCGGAUGCCUGUUGAACCCUAUUAGAUUGUGCCAGUAACGUGUCAAUGAGAAUUGUGGGGGGAAUUUUGGUGCUGGAGUUUCAGUUGGAAGUUUCACUUAACGUGAAUAAAUCAGUAUGCAGGAUGUGUCUAGGCUCAUGAGACCUGUGAUACUUUUUAAAUAAUUAUUACUCAUAAGUUUUGUUAUUAGAACUGAAGAGAUGAUCUGAGAAACUUUUUGAGGCA